CACAUCUUCACCGUCCGCAUGGAUAACGUCCAGGAGUCUGGCUAUUACUGGUGUGCCAUUCAUAUUCCUUCAGCUUUUGAUAAACGGGCAGGGUUUUUCUUGGACGUCGCAGCAGACUCUCCGAGACUUCACGUGAACUCUCAGCAUGUGACGGGAUCUGAGAAUGGCAGCGUUACCAUCAGCUGCUACCAUCAGGGAGGACAAUAUGGUGUAAAAUGGUGUAAGUUUGGAGGUCAGUGCAUUACAGGAGCGUCUGGGAGGUUAGACGGAGCCUCGGUUGAGAUCAGAUACGGUCUGAGAAACACGACUGUGAGCAUGAGCCGACUGAAGAAGGAGCACACGGGAUGGUACUGCUGCUCGACAGAAGAGCUGCAGAUGCCUGUUCAUAUCACUGUCCAUCAGAAGAAGAGCAGAAAGAGUCCGGUUACAGCAGAGUCUGAUCAGAUCUCAGCCAGCGCUCGCAAACGGACAGCUGUUUUAUUUCUGUUGCCUGUGAUUUUGGAGAUUCUCCUGAUCAUAGUCAUUUACUUGGCACUGAAACUGGCUAGGUUUUGCAAAAAAAGAUUCUUCCAGUCUGUGCAUGAAGCAGAGGAAGGUCAGUACGUGACGAUGCACAGGAAACAGUCCUCGCGUUCACAUGGCCGUUCUGCUGCUGAAGGAGUGUAUGAAAGUAUGGCUGGACGCAAAACAAACAGUGAGUCUCCGCAAGAACCAGAUUAUGUGAACGUUAUGAAGACGUGACUUGGCAGCAUCAGAAAUGGAGGAAUGAAUCCGGUGUGUGAUUCGGCAGACGUUCACUGCAGCUCAACUAAAGACCUCGGUGUUAAAGAGCCUAUAUGAAGCAAGCAGAGAUGUUUUAUUUAUUUACUGUUUAAUUCAUUUUUAUGUGUCCUAUUCAGGGUUUUCAAAGCUACAGGGAACAUCUCUGCAGUUUAUUUCAUUUAUAACCCAAGGUCAUGGCUUCGAUUCCCAGGGAAGGCAUGAACUGAAAAAUGUCAGUGUGUACCUUGAAUGCAGUGUAAGUCGUAUUGAAUAAAAGUGUC